AUGCCUGUAUCAUUUUCGUCCCUUCUUGCACAGACAGUCCUAUGCUGGAAAUCAUUUCAAGCGCCAUCAUCUUUGGACCCGGUACAAUUGCUUCUUUCUGUCCCUUCAGCAGAGUCCAUCCGUGAAUCCAGCGCUUUCUAUACGUCCAAUCCACACUUUGCCGGGCAGGGCUGGGAUCAAGCUCAAUGGACCCAGGAAAAAUGGAAGAAUUUCGGAGUCCAUGAUACCCAAAUCAUCUCAUACGAUACUCAGCUACCUGCUCCGACCGACCAACAAAGACUGGCUCUAAUUCGAGACUCUGAAGUGCUUUACGAGGCACCUCUGACAGAUAGCGUUGGUGGAUUCUUUCCUGCAUUUUACAGCUUCGUUACCAACGCGAAUAUCACUGCGCCAUAUGUCUUCGCGAAUUUCGGUUCCGAUGAAGAUUAUGACGAUCUGGUAGAAAAUGGCAUUGAUUUGGUCGGCAAUAUUGCAGUGCUGAAGUCUGCAGAUGCAUCAUCGUAUCUGAAAACCCUUGGUCUUGGAAAAUCUCGGGAGGUUCAAAUUAGGACCGCUCAAGAGCGAGGUUUUGCUGGCGUCAUCAUGUAUCCCGAUCCACAAAACGAUAAUCAUAUCACAGAGUCGAAUGGUUACGCUCCAUAUCCUGACGGACCAGCACGACCGGCGAGGAUGAUUGAGAGAGGAGGCAUUGGACCACUUGACUCAUAUAAAGGAGGGUUGACACCUAAAAUCCCGUGCAUGCCCAUAUCAUAUGCUGAUGCCAUUCCCAUUCUCUCCGCGUUGAACGGAUACGGCCCAUCUGUUUCUGAUCUGGGCAGUCGAUGGCACGGUGGGGAACUCGAAAUACAUGGUGUGCACUAUAAUGUCGGACCUUCACCUCCUGAUCUCUUUCUGAACCUUAGAACCGAGGCAUAUCUCCACCCUGGCCAAGUGCACAACGUUGUUGGCAAGAUCCCUGGCUUCUUAUCGGACGAGGUAAUUAUCCUCGGAAACCACAGAGAUGCCUGGGGACCCGGUGCGGGCGAUCCCAAUAGUGGAUCAGCUGCAUUGAAUGAAGUUGCCCGCAGUUUCGGGGCAGCGAUCAGACGGGGCUGGAAGCCAUAUCGAACCAUCGUUUUUGCCAGUUGGGACGGAGAAGAGAUAGGCCAGCUAGGCUCUUUUCCUUGGAUACAGGAACAUUUCCAGUGGCUAAAUGCCACCGUCGUUGCAUACCUAAAUGUUGUUGUAGCUGGGGCGGGGCGCAAUUUCCAUGUCAAAGCCAGUCCACUGCUGUACAAAACAGCAUUGAAUGCGAUGACUUACGUGCAAUCUCCAAAUCAGACAGUCGCUGGCCAGACCGUACUCGAUGUCUGGAACAAUACAGGCACAGGGACCAUAGGCACUGCGGGCGGCGGUGAUGCUAUUCGAUUUCAAGGUCUUCUAUGUGCUUCAACGGUCGACUUUGGAUUUUCCCAAGGUCUUGAAGACAACGUCUUCCCUUAUCAUUCCGGACUCGAUAAUUUCAACUGGAUGAGCAAUUACGGAGAUCCCAAGUGGGCAUAUCAUUUAACGAGCGUAAAGCUCUGGUUGGCGAUGGCAGCACAUCUUUCGGAAUCCCUUAUCCUGGACAUGCAGGCUACUGACUAUGCAGAGGCAUUGGAGAAAUGGGUGAAGAGUCUAUUCGAAAAUCAGAAAUGGUCAGGAUUUUGUGAUCCAAAGGCUCUUUAUGAUGCAAUUUCACGCUUUUCUCCGGUCGCACAGCGCUUCGACAGAUCUGCAGCCUCACUCAAAGUUCAGAAACAAGGGUGCUCCCCGCAUCUCAGAAGGGCCAUUGAUCAAAUCAAUCAAGGGUACAUAAAACUUGAGCGAGCGUUCUAUCACGAACCGGGUCUAGAUUCACGCCCAUCAUUUCAUCAUGUGCUCUUUGAGGCUGCUCCAUGGCAUACGGAAAAGCCGGCACUUCCAGGACUACGCCGCAGUCUGGAAUCGGGGAAUUGGACAAAUGCAGAGAAAUGGAGAGACAUUCUAGUGACAAAGGUCCUAAAGGCAGCCGACCUGCUUGAGGAGCUCAAUCGCUAA